AUGACAAUAUCAAUUGCCUCGAAAGCCCUAUCGAGCUUGCAGAUGAUUUUGCAUAGCAAUCUUUCCCCUAGCCGGCGGCUCAUUAGCGGGCUACCAUGGCUCUCAAAGGUUGCACCCUGCCACUCACCUGAAGACUUCCACUCCAGUGCUUCAACAUCAAUAGUAUAUCCAUGGCAUACCCAUACCCCAAUAGAAAAUCUCUCAUCUGCGAUUCCUUCCGGGCAUGCAAUAUGUUCCCUGGAUUUCAGGGCUUCCAACAGGCCGUACUACGGUCCGUACAAAGUGAACCGUAACGGUCACGUGUUCAAUACGAACGCACCGAGUUCUUACAAUACGUACACCUACCUCUCCUCCUCCCUGUCGUACGAACGUACACAAAAUCUCACCCGUACAGGCCUCAAAAUCGCCCAAUCGUACAGUACUACGCCUCGUUGGAAGCCCUGGAUAUCAGCAUGGUUCUUUACCGCUGGAGAAUGGGGAGGUGGAAGCUCAUUUUCUUUACCAACCACUCUAGUUUUCCUACUACUAUGUAACGACUCUCACAGUGAUCCUAUGUUACCCGAUCACGCGAAACCCGAGAAGCGACGAUACUUCAGCGACUGCCAUGACAGCACUACGACCCGCAGCACUCCAUCUUACGGCGAGUCAGCGGCCCAUCUAUGCUGGUGGCCCUCAUUACUUACGUGCCGAAUCCAGGAGAGUGACGGAUCUCAAUUCUGUCAUUAUAUUCCGCCUUCAGCAGGGCUUCCAAAGGGGCGUACUAAAUACGAACGUACCCAGUUUGUGAGCCGCACUGGGAGUAGGAGGGCUCCAGCGAUUAGAGAUAGAGGUGGAUUAUCUUGCUCUGCUGCGAUUAAGGCACCUAACCAAUUAGACGAGAGUACGGCAUACUUCAAUCGAAUCAUAUUCCUCUUACAAUACGUACACCUGCCUCUCAUCCUCCCUGCCGUACGAACGUACACAAAAUCUCACUCGUACAAGCAUAACGAUCGCCCAAUCGUACAGUACCACGGCUGGUUGGAAACGUUGGGGCUUUGUUCGGAAUCAAUACCUGAACGAGAAGUACCUUUGGUGGUUUAUGGCAUGUGCCUAAAACUUGGCCAACGUGCUGCUGAAUUAACGCCCUUGCUUUGGAGCACGCAGGCUGGAACAAUGUUUCGAUAUGAAGAGUAUCUGCAGGUGGAGUAUCCUACCGCACAAACGCCCAAAUUCACCUUCGACGAAUAUAGCGCUGAUCCUCAACUGUGGUAUAUAUUACACGUUUUCAAAAUUCGAACCUUUACCUUCUACACAUUCACCCAGUCUCAAGGGGUUCGGCCAGCCAUUACUUUACCUGACAUAUACCCUGCGGAUGAAGGGACGAGGUUCCCGGAAAGCGUGACUCAUGUAAAGACGCCACCACCUGUUUUCGGUCACGCGUCUCCACCCCAAUGCUCAACAGAAUACCAAUCCUCGUAUUAUAGGAUACUGAAUCUAUCGUACUAUAUAAAAUGGACCUAUUACAAUUGUUCCAAGGAAGAAGUUGAAGACAGACCGACGAGGCUGAGGUUACAGCUCACAGCCCACUGGACAUCGACAACGAAUCGAAUCAGAAAGGGCUACUUCAUCAACAAACACCGGCCUAAUUCGGUAGCUGAGGGACAUACUCUUCCAUCCCUUGCAAACGAAAGCAUGCAUGCUAAUACAGAUAGCGAUUGGUGCCAGUGGCUACAGCGAUGCAGAAACACUAACUUAGUAUCACUUCGGUAUCGCUCUCAAGGGAAUCAUCCCUCCGCAGACUCAACGACACCCGGUUUUCAGGCUCAGCUCGGUGAUAUCUCGAAGUCUUCAGCGAACUUUGCGGAGACCAUGCCCUCGCGAAUUGGAUCUCAGAACCAGCCUGAAAGAGACGUAGACUUGCAGAACCAAUAUUGGGACUAUUUGAUUUCGAAAGGCCCUUCUGUGUUUCAGUACAACGGCACCCAGGGAAUGGCCGAGACCAUCAUUCAACAUAAGCUGUCGGAUGACCAUCGUUUCCUGGAUAGUACGUCUGCCGGCGCCAUUCUAACCUCUAAACUUGAAAAGCAAAUGGGAGAUCGGGAGAAGAAAUCGGAGAAUCUUCAAAAAGGAAUUGACGAAGCAGAGCAGCAAUUAGAGGAGGAAAGAGAUAAGCAAUUAAAGCAAAUUAAAGGCCGUAAUGAAUUACAACACAGGAUUGAUGAUGAGACUGAUGAGAAGAUUGAAGAAUCCAAUGAGGAGAAAAAGAAGAGGGGCGAGAAAUGGAAGAGUCGAUUACAAGUUUCUGGGGCUGUUAUUCGACCAUUGGCUGCCUUGACUAUUAAUAUUAUAUUACCUCUAGCGGGUGUGGCAUUGGGCAAUCACAACCGCCAUUUAUAUGUCCUUCAAGACGAGUCUCUUGGGCCUCCUGGGAUUCUCUCUUCCGACUUUAACUUUUCAUGUUCUGCGGCAACACUCCUGGAAUCGUGCUCCCAACCGCCUUCUUAUCCAACGAGUACCAACGUCGGCGCCGAUAGCGUAGACGAGCCUACCUCUAUUUUCAUAAGCUGGGGGGGCGUUGUGGUAUCACAAGUGGCGCUUGAGAGUUGA